CAUUCCUCAAGCUAAACAACUUCGAGUCUCGAGAAAAACCAUCGUGAUGUCUCAGAUCUGGUGAAACUGAACAUCAGCACAAACGCUGUCAGACCAAACGGAGAAAAGCAGUGUUGAAUUUCAGGAUUCAGUUCACUGCCCUGCUCUGAAGAAGAGGUCACAGCUAAAAGAAAGGAUAACAUUGAUCAUCCUGAUGAAGACCGACCUGGACACAUUUCUUACUGAGGCCUGAAUAUCUUACUGAGGAACGAGACUGAAUCCAGAAAAGUGAUACAAAAUGCCAAAUAUUAAGUGCCUUUUACUGGACAUUCUCAAUGAGCUGGAACCAGAGGACUUUGGGUUAUUCCGUUGGCAUCUGACCAAUGGUGUGGAAGGUUUCCAACACAUUCCAAAGGAGCAGAUAGAGAAAGUUAAUAAAUGCAGCACUGUGCACAAAAUGGUGGAGAGUUACAGUCCAGAUGGAGCUGUGCAGAUCACUCUGAAGAUCUUGAGGAUGAUGAGCAAAAGCCAGCUGACUGAAAAAUUAAUGACCAGUUUGAAAGAGAGUAAUACAGACUGGACUGUACCAGACCAGAGCAAUACAACUCAGAGUCACCCAGUGAAGACCAUCCCAGCUAAGAGUAACCCAUUUAAGACAAACGUAGAUCAGUCUGCUCCGAUUCAGACUGUCACAGCUCAAGAUGGAGGAAAUGUUAGUGCAUUUCUUUUACAUGGAAGUGUGUUUCAUGAUGCAGUUCACAUUCAUUUUGGAGCUGACUCUAAGCAAGAAGGUCAAGCAGCUGCCAGAACAGCUCAGCCUGGAUGUUCAGCUAACACUGAAGCUGUCAGUGAAGAUGCACUGAGACAAGCAGAAAGUGAAAAACUCAAAUCAAUCAUCAUAGAUCGAUAUGCUACAUUAUAUGAGGGGGUAGCAGCAAAGGGGAUGCACAGUCUCCUUAAUGAGAUUUACACAGAGCUCUACGUAGUGAAGGACUGGGCAAGAAGAGUGAACAAGGAUCAUGAAGUGAUUCAGAUUGAAGCUGGGUUCUUGAGAAAUGCUACCACAGACAUUCAAGUCAAAUUCAGUGAGAUUUUCAAUGACAGUAAAAGUAAAAAAGUGCUCACUUUAGGAAUGGCGGGGAUUGGGAAAACGGUCUCUGCUCAAAAGUUUGCUCUAGAUUGGGCUGAAGGAAAAUCCAAUGCAAAUAUAGAUUUUGUGUUCAUCAUUCUUUUCCGAGAGCUGAAUAUUCUAAAAGAUGAAGAGUACAGCCUCCACAAACUACUUCUUUACCUCUACCCAGAACUGAGAAAUUUGAAAGAAACUGGGCUUUUUGGUGGUAAAUGUAAGUGUGUUUUCAUCUUUGAUGGACUGGAUGAAAUGAGAAAACCACUUGACUUUAAUAAGAAAAAAAUGUCUGCUGUAACAGAAAAGGCACGUGUUGAUGUGCUAGUAACAAACCUCGUCACAGGAGCACUGCUUCCAUCUGCUCUUGUCUGGAUCACCUCCAGGCACGCAGCAGCAGAGCAGAUCCCCUCAAAAUACAUCCACCUGGUAACAGAAGUGCAAGGAUUCAUCACUGACCAACAAAAGGAGGAUUACUUCAGGAGGAGAAUCCAUGAUGAGGGUCAAGCAAGGAGAGUCAUCUCACAAAUUAAGCAGUCAAAGACCCUCUACAUCAUGUGCUACAUACCAGUUUUUUGUUGGAUCACAUACGUUGUGCUUCUGCAAAUCAUAAAACAACGCAGUGUAGCAAAAGUCCCUAAAUCAUUAACCCAAAUGUAUGCACACUUUCUGGCCAUUCAGAUGGAUACCAUGGACAAAAGGUCUAACAAGACUCAUCAAAAAGAUACAACGAAACUGCUAGAAUCACAUCAAAACAUGAUCAUGAAACUGGCUAAACUGGCUUUUGAACAGCUGAUGAAGGGCAAUGUGAUGUUCUACGAAGAGGACCUGAGAGAAAGCGGCAUUAAUGUCAGCGAUGACCUGUUGUAUUCUGGGAUGUUCACUCAGAUCUUUAGAGAAGAAUGUGUGCUUUACCAGAGGAAGAUCUACUGCUUUGUUCAUCUGACAUUUCAGGAGUUCUUGGCUGCUGUCUAUGUGUUUCACUGCUACUUGAGCAAAAACACAGAGAACCUGCAGAUUUUUAAACCGUUGAACAGAGAUCACGCUGAGAAUUAUCCACUGGAUGAUCUGCUGGAGGGAGCAGUGAAUAUAACUUUAGACAGUCAGAAUGGACACCUGGAUCUUUUCCUCCGCUUCCUACUGGGCAUCUCACUGCAGUCUAAUCAGAGACUCCUACAGGGCCUACUGACGCCAACACAGAGCAGCUCAAAUAAAACCAUAGUGUACAUCAAGAAGUUACUCAAGGGAAAUGAAUGUCGCAUCUCAAGCGAAAGAUAUAUCAAUCUUUUCCUCUGCUUGUCUGAAGUGAAUGAUCAGUCUGUUUCCAGAGAGCUUCAGGAGUAUCUAAAAUCAGAGAAGAAAGGAAAAAAAGAAAGGAAGCUGUCCCUUGGACAGUGCUCAGCACUAGCCUAUAUGCUUCUGAUGUCAGAGGAGGUGCUGGAUGAGCUAGACCUGAAGAUAUACAGCACAUCAGAGGAGGGUUAUAAAAGACUCAUCCCAGCUUUGACUGUCUGCAGAAAAGCUCUACUAGCUGGCUGUAAUCUCACCAAGGGCUCUUGUGACACUCUCUGCACACUUCUACAAUCAGUAAACUGCCCCCUGAAAGAACUGGACCUGAGUAACAAUGACCUGCAGGAUUUAGGAGUAGAGCUGCUCUCUGCUGGACUGAAGAGUUCACGCUGUAAAGUUGAAAUAUUGAGAUUGUCCGGUUGUAUGGUUACAAGCGAAGGCUGUUUGUCUCUGGCUUCAGCUCUGAAAUCAAAUCCCUCUCACCUGAGAGAACUGGAUCUGACCUAUAAUCACCCAGGACAGUCUGGAGUAAAGCUGCUGUCUGAUCUACUGCGGAAUCCACAGUACAGACUGGAGAAACUACGGAUGGAACAUGGAGGGAGUAUCAGGAUGAAACCAGGACUAAAAAAAUAUGCCUGUGAUCUCACUCUGGAUCCAAACACAGCAAACAGACAUCUGUCUCUAUCUGAGGGGAACAAAAGAGUGGAGUUUGAGGUGCAGCUGCCAUAUCCAGAUCAUCCAGACAGAUUUGAUGUCUGUCAUCAGGUUCUGAGUGUGGAGGGUCUGACUGUACGCUGUUACUGGGAAGCUGAGUGCAGUGGGGGGGCUACUGUAGCUGUCUCAUACGGAGGAAUCAGAAGGAAAGGACUCAGAGAUGACUGCAGGUUUGGAACCAAUAAUCAGUCCUGGUCUCUGGACUGCUCUCUUCACAUUUACACUGUCUGUCAUGAUAGUCAGGUCUCUGUGGUACCUACACCCCCCUCCAUCUCCGGUAGAGUAGGAGUGUAUUUGGACUGUGAAGCCGGUACCCUGUCCUUUUACAGAAUCUCACCUAACACAGACAAACGGACCCACCUACACACAUUCUACUCCACAUUUACUGAGCCCCUCUAUGCCGGGUUUGGGGUUUGUUCUGACUCGUCACUUUGCAUACGUAAGGUAGAAUAGUCUGUUUGCAGGGUUGGGCCUUGUGCUUAAGACUGGUGAUGUAAGUUUUUAUUUUGCUUAUUAUUAUUGUGUACUUGAUCUUUACUAUGAUGGGAAAUGGACAUUAUAUGUAGAGCAGCUAUACAGCGUACCCGUUCGCCUCAACUGGGGAGGCGAGCUUAAGUUUAGGGGGACAAUUUUGAUGUUUAUUAUUUUCUCAAAGGGUUCAGGGUGUUUUUUCAAGGAAGAACUAGAAUGUUUGGGAACUAAUCUUAAAGUUGUACAUACUAUAUAUUGUUUUAUUCAUGAAACUUGGAACCGCUAACUGUUAUUUCUGUGUGUUUACCAUGUUAAACUCAGAGGGCAACCCUCAGGGCCCUCUCUACUGAAUGAUUCCUGGAAGCUAAAAAUACAUGCCUGUAAUUUUAGGUCAUUGUAUUCCAUAGAAUAACGCUUGUAUUCAAAUUCUGCAAGUACUACACUACUGGUUCUUAAAGGUCAUAUAAUUGCUUACUCAGCCACUGCUGACAAACAACAUAAAGUCCAAAUGGAACAACUUACGGAAUCCAUUCUAGAACAUGACUUUCAGUAUGCACUAAUGCCCACCCCCAAACCAGACCAAUUGAUCUUAGACUCCAUUUAAUCUAUUCAUAACCAGAAUCAUAGAACAGUUCCUUCUGUGCUCACAUGGCAGUUUUUAUGAACAUGUAUAUUAUAAAACUGUUCAUCAACCUCAGCAGUAAAAACAUAGAUAUGAUUACAUGUACUUUGAUAUUGUAUGUUUUUGAAACAAUACACUUUUAAGCAACAAGCAACAUAAUGAGGAUGAGCAACAUGGGAUAGCAGACAUUAUCUUACAGUAGGGAAGUGCUAGUACAUGCUGCUAAUUUUAUCCUGAAAGAAAUCCUGAAAAGUCUGACACUGAACAAGGGAGCUGGGAUUAGAUGAGGAGGGAGGUUAAAAAAAUGAGAAUGUUGAGUAAGUUUAUGGUCCAUAAAACCGACAAACAAACCAGUACAUUUUUGAGACCAGUGGUAUAGAGUAAGCCUGGUAUGUGACCAUUAACA